CUCGCUGUGUGGCCCCAGGUGUGCUGUGUAAUUUCCAGGUCUUGUGAAAUAGACAGCGAGGAGAACUGGCCCUUAGAUGGGACUCACCUUCCAGCUGAGACCAGGGAUGCAGGAUGCAGGAUUCCAGCCCAGACAACCUGGCAGAGGAGAAACUCAAGAUAAAUUGACUGGGAAGCUCUGACCUAGUUGGAUUUUCCACGUUAGUUUUUUUGCAGAAUGAACAUGGAGAAACGUAAUUCAUCUUUGGUGGUAGAAUCAUCUUACCCAGACUUGGUCAUCAGUGUAGGAGAAGUGACUCUUGGUGAAGGAAACAGAAAUAAGCUGCAGAAAACUCAGAGAGAGCAAGAGAAGGCGAAAGUUACACAGGCUGCAUGUGCUUUGUUAAACUCAGGCGGAGGAGUGAUUCGGCUGGAAAUGGCAAACGAGGAUGAGCAUCCCGUGGAGCUGGGACUGGAUUUAGAAGAGUCUUUGAGGGAGCUUAUUCAGUCUUUGGAUCUGCAUGCUUUCUUCGAGACUAAGCAACAAGGGAGGUGUUAUUACAUUUUUGUUAAAUCUUGGAGCAGUGACCUUUUUCCUGAAGACCGUUCUGUUAAGCCCCGCAUUUGCAGCCUGGGUACUUCGUUAUACCGUAGAUCUGGCACCUCUGUGCGUCUCAUGGAUUCAAGAGAAGCAUUCAAUUUCCUGAAAACCAAGAAAAGAAGUCCAAAAAUCUUAGGGAAACAACCUUCUAGUAGAGUUCUCAAGGUUCUAUGUCAAAACCCCCAUAACUUGGAUCCUGCUCACCGAAUUUUCCAAAAAGACCAGCUUGAAUAUGGUGAAAGGCUGCCUUUUCCUGAGUCUCAAUUCGUAGAGUUUAAACAGUUCUCUACAAAACACAUUCUACAACGUGUAAAAGACAUAAUUCCAGAGUACGUCCCUGCAUUUGCAAACACUGAGGGAGGCUAUCUUUUUAUUGGAGUGGAUGAUAAGAGUAAGAAAGUUCUGGGCUGUGCUAAAGAAAAUGUUGACCGUAACUCUUUGAGAGAGAAAAUAGGAAAAGCAAUAUACGAGUUACCUUGUGUCCAUUUCUGCCAAUCCCAAUGCCGGAUAAAUUUUGAAGUCAGAAUCUUGGAUGUGUUAGCUGGAGGAGAGCUAUAUGGCUAUGCUUGUGUGAUCAGAGUGAAGCCAUUCUGUUGCGCAGUGUUCUCAGAAGCUCCCAGUUCAUGGAUGGUGAAGGACAAGCAUGUCCGCAGCCUGACGACUGAGGAGUGGGUAGACAUGAUGAUGGACACAGAUCCAGAUCUUCUAUGGUUGUGCAAAGACUUUGAAUCUCAGCUGAGUCUGUCUAGCGGGCCUCCCCUUAGCAGACCAGUGUACACCAAGAAAGGCCUGGAACAUAAGGAGGAUCUCCAGCAACGCUUAUUUCCAGUGCCACCGGGACAUCUGCAAUAUACUCCUGAAUCCCUCUGGAAGGAGCUGUCCUCAGAGCAUGAAGGUCUGGAGGAAUUAAUCAAUGAGCAAAUGCGUCCUUUCUCGCAGGGAAUUUUGAUCUUCUCUAGAAGCUGGGCCGUGGACCUGAACUUGCAAGAGCAGCAGGGAGUCAUCUGUGAUGCUCUGCUGAUAGCACAGAACAGCUCCCCCAUUCUCUACAGCGUUCUCAGGGAGCAGGAUGCGGACGGGCAGUUCUACUGCACCCGCACUGCCUUCACUCUGAAGCAGAAGCUGGUGAACAUGGGGGGCUACACCGGGAAGCUGUGUGUCAUGACCAAGGUCCUCCGCCUGAGUCCUGAGAGCCAUGCAGAGCCCUUGGCCGGUUCCGGCUCUCCAAUUGAUUACCCCACAUCCUAUGACCUUGAAGACACCCAACAAAUGGAAGCCUUGCUGCAGUCCCUUGUGAUUGUUCUGCUCAGCUUCAGAUCUUUCUUGAGUGACCAGCUUGGCUGUGAGGUUUUAAAUCUGCUCACAGCCCAACAGUAUGAGAUCUUCUCAAAAAACCUCCGCAAGAACAGAGAAUUGUUUGUCCAUGGCUUACCUGGCUCAGGGAAGACAAUCAUGGCCAUGAAGAUCAUGGAGAAGAUAAGGAAUACAUUUCACUGUGAAGCAAAUAAAAUUCUCUACGUUUGUGAGAACCAGCCUCUGAGGAACUUUAUCAGUAAUAAAAGGAUCUGCCAGGCAGUGACCCGGAAAACUUUCAUGAAAAAUAACUUCAAAGAGAUUCAACACAUCAUCAUCGAUGAAGCUCAGAAUUUCCGCACUGAAGAUGGGGAUUGGUAUGAGAAGGCAAAAAGCAUCACUCAGAGAGAAAAGGGUCACCCAGGAAUUCUCUGGAUCUUUCUGGACUACUUUCAGACCAGCCACUUGGUUGACAAUGGCCUCCCCCCUUUCUCAGUCCAGUAUCCAAGAGAAGAGCUCACCAGAGUGGUCCGCAAUGCAGAUCCAAUAGCCAACUACUUACAAAAAGUAAUGCAGGAAAUCAUAAAGAACCCUCCAUUUAACAUCCCUCCUGGGUCCCUGGAGAUGCUCCGUGAAGCUCAGUGGGCUCAGGGCGUCCCAGGCAACUUUGAGAUUAUGGAGCGCUCGACUAGGGAGCAAAUAGUGACCUAUGUGGCAAAAACUUGCAAGCUUCUCUUUGAAAAGGGCUAUUCUCCCAAGGACAUUGCUGUGCUUGUCAGCACCAUGGACUAUGUGGAGCCUUACAAGCAUAAGCUCCUGAAAGCAAUGAGGAAGAAAAGAGUAGUGCAGGUCAGUGAUGCGUGCGACAUGUUGGAUGAUCACAUUGUGUUGGACAGUGUCCGGCGAUUCUCUGGCCUGGAAAGGAACAUUGUGUUUGGGAUCUAUCCACGGACAGCUGAGUCAGCUAUCUUAUACAAUAUUCUUGUCUGUCUGUCUUCCAGGGCAAAACAACAGCUAUAUAUUCUGUGGCAUGAUGACUGUUAGGAAGAAUCCUAAACCAAAAUGAGAUGAGGCAGUUGCUGUGUAAAUGUCCAUAGGUGAACAUCUGUUUGGUAUGGGCAGAAACUCUGUUUUUGGUUCACAGACCUGCCUAGAGAUUUGGGCAGAAUUGACACACAGAGUUUGGAACUUCCUCUCUCUGGUACUCUCCUUUCCUGAUUCCUCCUUUAACUCCGUCCAGGAGCUCUUGUUAUCCCAAAUUCUGUCCCCUGAUUCCUCCAGCCAGAAUGACAAAGGUUUUCUAUAGGAGCUUUAGCCACCCUGCACAGCACACGCUAUGCCCUACGCUCUGGUCAAAAGUCAAAAACAAGAAGCUUGUCCUGUGGCCCUUAUUUCUUCCAAGUCUUGACUCUCCUCAGUGACUUCACGCAUUUUUUUGUUUUUUAAAAUUUACCUAGAGCUUAUGGUUAUCUGCAGAAGGGUAGUCUGGUAGGACCUAACUUGGCCAUACCAGCAGAAUUUGUUUCCUGAAUUCUUGACGUUUCCCUUUGCCAUGUUGAUUCAGGACUUGGGAGAUUCCGAAGAUAAUUCUAUCACUGACAGAGCAGGCCUUAACCAUUUCGGCAGGACAGAGAGCAGUGGUAUGAUUAUUUCAUCCUUUAAAAUUGUAAUCUCCAAUUUUUAUUCUCAGAAUGGCCCAGACCAUGCCUUCAUUGUAACAGUGAGCAUUAAUUAUCCCUUCAUGGGGAAAUUAUACGCCAAUAGAAAACACACACAAACCUGUUUUCUCUGGCUUUCAGUGGGAGAUAGUAUUAGAGACCGAAAUCUGGUUUUAAAGUUGUAUAUCAGCCCUAAGUGAACAGACUGAGGAAAGAUAGAGUCCAUGGAAAUCAAGGAGUUUAUAUGGCAACUUCUCAGCUCAGCUCCAUUUAUUGUUCUAUAACAUACCAACUUAAGUUUUAAAUCAAGUACAUUCUUGAAUUGUAAUUUUUUUCCCUUUACUUUCAUAAUUUGAUGGCUCAUUGUUAUGGACUGGAUGUUUGUGUCCCAUCAAAAUUCAUGAGUCGAAGCCCUAACCCCCAGUGUGGCUGUAUUUGUAGAUUUGUAAGGAAAUAAGGUUAAGUGAGGUCGUAAAGGUGGGGUCUUGAUCUGAUAGGAUUAGAGAUUAGAGUCCUUAUAGGACUAUACCAGAGAGCGCUCUCUAUCCCUUUCUCUGCACACACAAAAACAAGAGGUCAUGUGAGCACACAGAAACAUGGCCGCCAACUAUAAGCCAAGAGAAGAAGCCUCAGAAUGAUGUCCAUCCUACUGGCACCUUGAACUUGAACUUCCAGCCUCUAGAACUGUGAGAAAUAAAUUUCUGUUGUUUAACCCA